GGGCCCCGCCACCUAACCGCGGCCCCGCCACCUACCUGUGCGGCCCCGGCGCCUACCUGCUGGCCCCGCCACCCACCGCGGCCCCGCCACCUACCUGUCCGGCCCCGGCGCCUACCUACGGCCCCGCCACCUACCUGCGGCCCCGCCACCUACCUACGGCCCCGCCACCUACCUGCGGCCCCGCCACCUACCUGCGGCCCCGCCACCUACCAGUGGCCCCGCCACCUAUCUGCAGCCCCGCCACCUACCUCAGCGGACCCCGCCGCCUCCUCUCAGCGGCCCCACCGAGCCGCCCAGCAGCCAAGCCGCCCAACAGCCGAGCCGCCCAGCAGCCGAGCCGCCCCAGCAGCCGAGCCGCCCAGGAGCCGAGCCGCCCAGCAGCCGAGCCGCCUAGCCGCCGAGCCGCCCAGAAGCCGAGCCGCCCAGCAGCCGAGCCGCCCAGCCGCCGGGCCACCCAGCAGCCGAGCAACCGAGCCGCCGAGCCGCCCAGCAGUCGAGCCACCGAGCCACCCAGCAGCCGAGCCGCCGAGCCGCCCAGCUGCCGAGCCGCCGAGUCGCCCUGCAGCCGAACCGCUCGAGCUGCCCCUGUCCGUGUCCUCGCUUUUGACGCUGAGGGUCGGGCCAUUGACUUUGACGUCUGGAUAGAUGACCUGCAGCUUUUCUUACAGUGCAAUAGGGCAGACGGUCUCUCUCUCUUUGACCUCACCUCUUGUGCCUCUCCUGCCCCUGCUGCUGAUGUUGACGCCACUGUUCGCUCACAGUGGGCCACGCGCGAUGCUGCUGCACGUCUUGCUGUGCGUCGCCACCUGCCUACCUCUGAGCUCGGUCGGUGCGGCGUUUUACCCCUAGCGGGAGACGCCGCCCUGGCAAGGGCAAGGGGGGCAGGGGCGCUGGAGGAGCUAGCGGGGGCGGUGGAGACGGCGGUGGAGGCGGCGGAGGGGGUGGGGGUGGCAGUGGGGGUGGUGGCGGGGGUGGCGGUGUCGGUGGCGGCAGUGGAGGCGGAGGCGGCGGCGGUGGCGGUGGGGGCGGAGGUGGCGGGGGUGGCGGCGAGGGAGGAGGCGGUGGCGGAGGAGGUGGAGCUGGUCGCGGGUGGCGCUGCGGAGAGGGUCGGCUCAGGUGGUGGUCAGCGCCAGCAGCAGCAGCAGCGCACUCGUGACAUCCCCCCCCCUCAGCAGCUCUGGCGGGGAGUAGCUAUAUUUGAUCUUGACUUUGAUGCUAUUCUUGCUGCCAUGUAUGCUGUGACUAUUAGUGAUGAGGGUGACUGUUACCGGUGUUUCCCGCCCAACCCGGGCAUUGAGACUGCUGCUCUAGGUACUGGUGAGGCUGCUGCUCUAGAUGCUAGCGAGGCUGCUGCUCUAGGUGCUAGUGCGUCUGCUUCCUCAGGUGCUGGUGAGCUCUGCGCUCUCAGUCCCUCCCUCCCCUUCCUCUGGGGCCUGGCCCUACCUGCGUCCCCUGUGUCGAGGGGCGGCAGCGGGCUGCCCCUCACACCUCCCAGUUUCCUCCGACAGAGGCCCCACUGCAGACGCUUCACAUGGACGUGUGGGGCCCGGCCCGCGUCCGUGGUGAGGGUCACGAGCGCUACUUCCUGUUGGUGGUUGACGGACUACUCGCGUUACACCACAGUCUUCCCCUUGCGCAGCAAGGGUGAUGUUACUGAGGUGUUGAUCGACUGGAUCCGCGCAGCUCGUCUCCAGCUCAGUCAGAGCUUCGGCUCGGACUUUCCUGUUCUGCGUCUGCACUCUGACAGAGGCGCAGAGUUCUCCUCUGGCCUUCUGCGAGCCUACUGUCGUGCACGAGGCAUCCGCCAGACCUUCACGCUUCCGAACUCUCCACAGCAAAAUGGGAUUGCUGAGCGCCGCAUUGGCAUGAUCAUGGACGUCGCCCGUACGUCCAUGAUGCAUGCGGCUGCCCCCCAUUUUCUGUGGCCGUUUGCGGUUCGGUACGCGGCGCAUUUGCUCAACCUUCACCCCAGGGUCUCCAGGCCGGAGACCUCCCCAGCCUUGCUGUGGACAGGGAAGGUUGGCGAUGCGUCUGCGUUCCGGGUCUGGGGAUCUCGGGCGUUUGUCCGCGACAUGUCUGCGGACAAGCUGUCCCCUAGUGCUGCGCCAUGCGUCUUCCUGGGUUUCCCCCCUGACGCGCCAGGGUGGCAGUUCUACCACCCCACCUCUCGCCGUGUUCUGUCCUCCCAGGACGUCACGUUUGACGAGUCGGUCCCCUACUACCGCCUCUUCCUCUACCACACUCCGUCCCUCCCCCCGCCGCCGCUCUUCCUUGUACCAGGUCCCCCUCUUGUAGACCCCCUCCCCCCUCAGGGUCCGUCCCCUUCAGGUGUGUCCCAGGUAGACGCAGUCGAGCCUGUCGAGGUCACUGGUGACUCUGGUGCUGCUGAGGGUGCUGAGCCUGGGGGUGCUGAGACUGGGGGUGCUGAGACUAGGGGUGCUGAGACUGGGGGUGCUGGGCCUGGGGGUGCUGAGCCUGGGGGUGCUUCGCCUGGGGGUGCUGAGCCUGGGGGUACUACGUUUGGGGGUGCUGAGCCUGGGGGUGCUACGACUGGAGGUGCUGAGCCUGAGGGAGCUGGGCCUACUUGUGAGGCGUCCGGCGGUGCUGGGCCUGGAGGUUCUGCUGCUGAGGAUGUUGGUGCCGCCGGUCCCGGAGGUGCUCGUACGGGAGGUACUGGAACUGCUGGGCCGGCGGGUGCGUCUGGAGCUGGAGUUGCUGAGGGUGCUGGCGCUAAGGCUACUGCUGUUGGUCCUAACGGCAGUGCUGCUGGAGUUACAGGAGCUGGAGGUGCUGCUGGCGCUUGUGCUGCCGUUGGGGGUGCUAGUGCUGUCCCUGCUGUGUCUGGAGUCGCCGCGCAGCCUCGGCCGUACUUCGUUCCGCUCCUGCAGCAGGUUCUUGGUCUCCCACCUUCUACUGGUCUUCCUCCUCCCUUAGAGUGUCCACAGCCUGUCCCGUCACAGUUACAGUUACAGCCCGCCUCCCCACUACCUGCUCCUUCUCCCUACACUAGUCCUAGUGGAGGUCUUGCUGAGCGUCGUGAGCCUGCGUCUCGCCCUGCGUCGCCUGUUUGUCCUACUCGCGCUAGUGGUCGUAGUUCGCGUGAGCGUCCUCCUCCUGUCCCCGGCACGCACCGGAUGUCUCUGCAUCCAUCCACUGCUCCUCUGUGUUCCCCGUUGCCUUUUCCUCCUGAGUCCUCUCUUCCUACUCUUGCCGACCCUGAGUCGGACUCUCUUCGUGCUGCCAGUCCUACUGUCACGCGUCUCUUUGCUACUGUCGUCACUGACCCUUCUUUUGAGUCCACUACUGCGUAUGCCCUAGUUGCUGAGCUCGUCGACUUUGCUGCUCGCUGUCGUCUAGACUACGCUGAGUCUGAGUCUGUUUGUCCUCCAUCCGUCGGGGGUGAGUGUGCCCUUGGCACGGACGUCCUUGAGGAGAGGCAAGAGGAGUUCCAGUGUCUGGCUGCUGCUUCACCUCAUCUCGUGUCCGUACUGCUUACCCCUGAGGGAGACCCGGAUGCACUUGACAUCCCGACUCCGCGCUCUUACGCGGAGGCGAUAGAGGGUCCCGACUCCUCUUAG